AUGGAUAUCAAGCUUCGAGGUGAAGCCGAUUUCACGACUAUUCUUGAAGAUCCAAUCGAGCUCUUGAAACGUAUUGAACGAUUCAUGAAGAAGAUUGCUGAUGCUGAGUAUGAUUUCUUGGAUUUCUGGGGAGCGAAUCAAAAGUUCUUUGCUAUGAAGCAAGGAACAACAGAAAACUUGAUGCAUUUCAAGGAACGAUUCUUGAGACAGGCUGAAGUCCUGCAAGAUCUAUAUGGCGUCGCCUGGUUCCAAGAUUUUGCAGUCAAGGCAAAAGAAUAUGCUGCUAUUGCUAGCUGCUCAAAGCAAGUUCAAGGAUAA